GUUGGGUUGGUAAAAAUAAAGUUGGCAACACUGGUUACCACUGCCAGACUGCCAGGGUAGUAGACAGUAGAGUAAUAACUUUGUCGUGCUUAGCUUGUGACAGACAUUUUUGAUUAUUAUUUUUAAACAACUGACUCUUGUUUCUGCUUCAAUAUGAUUCCUAGAGGCAGUAUGACGAAGGAUGGCAAGCCGUUGCCGUAUCGGCACUCGGCGCCGCGGAACAGUCGUCACAACAAGCACAGGAAGCCGAAGAAGCAAGUCUCCGAAGACGAAGAGAGCGAAGACUCCCCCGUGGAGGAGCAGCCCCAGGAGGAACAGCAACGCAGCCCCUCACCCAUGCAAGAGGAACCCACUGUGCGGUUACCUGAAGAGGUACUGAAAGCUCUGUACAAGACACCAGGCGUGUUGAUGAUAGCUGGCCUGGUCUCGUGGGACCUGGUCGCGCGCCGCGACAACAACCCCACUAAGAGGACGCAUCCCAACCUUUACACCUUCCACAAAUUUACUGAUCGCAAGUACCGGUUCAUUGCCAGUAGCUGUUCCGCUGGCCACUCAGUGCUGGUGGAUGAACAUGGAGAGGUGUACACUUUUGGUCGUAACACUUGCGGUCAACUUGGGUUUGGAGACACGGUGACCCGCAAUGUGCCGGAGCCGGUCCCGGCUCUGCGCGGCAAGAACAUCAUCCACGCCGCCGUCGGACGACACCACACGCUUUUUGUCACAGACACGGGUACCGUGUACGCUUGCGGCGACAACAAGUGCGGACAGUGCGGCAUCGGGAACACUACGCCGCAAGUGUUGAAACCCACACGAGUGCGAUACAGUGGUGCUCCAGUAGUGAAGGUUGGUUGCGGUGCUGAGUUCUCCAUGAUCCUGGACUGUAACGGAGCUUUGCACUCAUUUGGACUGCCUGAAUAUGGCCAGCUCGGUCACAACACCGACGGUAAAUACUUCGUGACCUCAACGAAGCUGUCGUUCCACUUCGAGACAGUUCCGAAGCAUGUCGCCCACUUCUUCGAAAAGACAAAGGAGGGCCACAUCAACAUCGUCAAGGACGUAGAGAUUGUCGACUUUUCUUGCGGGAAUAAUCAUACUGUGGCUAUAGAUUCGAGGAAGCGUGCUUACAGCUGGGGUUUCGGCGGGUUUGGACGACUAGGUCACGCGGAGCAGAAGGACGAGAGCGUCCCGCGCAUGAUCAAGUACUUCGAGUCACAGUCGCGCGGCGUCCGCUCCGUGCACUGCGGCGGCACCUACAGUCUCGCUGUUAAUGAACUCGGUGGACUCUUCCUGUUUGGGCAAACUAAACGCACUGGUGAGGCGAACAUGUACCCAAAGCCGGUGCAAGACCUAAGUGGCUGGAAUAUCCGCAGCGUCGGCACCAGCAACACUUCGAUCGUGAUCGCAGCGGACGAUUCGCUCGUUGCCUGGGGCGUGUCGCCCACCUAUGGGGAACUGGGCACAGGCGACAUCAACAAGUCGUCGGCGCGCCCCAAGGAGGUGACUCGUAUGGACGGGCUGAACAUUACUCAGGUCACUAUGGGCUACUCCCACACUCUGCUGCUGUGUGACGACGCCGGCGAGGAGGUUAAGGCCAAGCUUGCCUCGAUGCCUACCUUCAACCCAUAAACUGCCUCAAUUACAACACAAAAACGAACCUCACUAAGGGACGACAUUCAAUGUAACUAACUAUUAUCCACAAGCUAAGAACAAUCUAUAUAAAUAUUAUAAAGAGGUAAAGUUUGUAUGUAAUGGAAUCUUCUAUAAAUAAUUAACAUGGACAAGCAUUUAAAUUUCAAGUUUAGUAUUGUUACCUUAUGCAUGCCUUUACUGUAUUAAUGUAGUAGUUAGUGUCGCCUCUUAGUCAUUACUGGCUGUUUUUGUUGAGAUUGGGACGCGAUACACGACCUUUCAAAAUGGUUGUCCCUAGCAACUAUGGAAUGUUAUGAGUGAUUAUGUAACAUGUUUCUCCCGUUCUCAACAAACACACGCUGACACAUUUACAAUAGCCGGCCUAUUGAAAUUUCAUCGUAAUUUAGUUUGGAAGUCGAUUAUAAUAGUUGUCCAGUAGGUAUCAUAAUUCCUAACUAGUAAGAUUUUAUAACUUUGUAAUGGUAUUAGUUGCAAUUUUUUGAGCUUUGGAUUUAUCGAUAAUGAAUGAUUUCGUGACAUGUUACUCAGUAAUUCGAGUUAGUAAAUGUUGUUCUAACUUCGGCUGCUAGAUAAUUGACUGCAUUUAGACCUUUUUAUAGUUGAAUUGUUUAUAUUAUACGCUAUUUAACGAUUGUUUUCCGAUGGUCGAACGACCUGCCUAUACCUAUUACAAAUUAUUUGAAAUUCUAAAAGUACAAUCGUUUUUGAGACAUGGUUUAAUAAGAUAUUGCAUAGAGUGUAGUAAUUCAUUAAGCAGUACGUUCGCCACAGGAAAACACGUUGAAAUGUAAGCGCAUAUAUCUUUGCUACUUUUGGGUAGAAAGGUCGUAUAAACCAAAACCCGACUUUUCAGGAAAGCAAAAAAAGUUAUUUUUACCAAAAUAAUCGUCUUUUUUGUUUUUACUAAUGAAAAUAGAUAAUUAAAACUUAUCUGUAUUCUUAACUUUAAAAGUUAGCGUGGAUUUGUAUCUAAGAAAACAUAUUGGUUAAUACACAGCAUGAAAAUGUUUUGGUAAGUUUACACUCACAAUUGUAUGGUUUUAAUUAACUCAAUUUCGCCAAAAUGGUUUUUAAGACCUUUGUGCCCAAACGUAUCGACUCGUUUUUUAUAGCUACUGUUACUUCAAAUAUAAAUGAUUAUUUAUAUUCCUGUUUCCGAUUGUAUGUGUAUGUACAUAUAACAUUGUUUUAGUAGAAUUUUGCAGUUUUGUGAGUAAUACAACUGAGAUCAUAGCUCAAAGCUAACUACUGGCAUAUCGUUUACUAAACCGUACAUGUUGUAGUUUCGAGAUGAAAUCGUUCUUGCUCUUGUUAAGUAAGAAGAUUCACUGCCAUCGCUUACCGAUCUUUAUUAUUCCCCAUCGAGCUGUUAACAAACUGACAGCUGUAGCAAUUUCAUUGUUAUUUGCCUGUCUUCAAAUAUAUUUUGUAACAUAAAAUCAUUUGUCGUUCAUUCGAUCAUCAAAGUCCCAAACGCUGAUUAUCCAUCGAAUUGUUUGAUUGUAAAUGAAGAGGUUUUUUUUACUUUUUAAUUACCUUAUAAUAAUAAUUAGUAAAUAUGGUUAUUAAUAUAAGUUUUGAUGUGCAUUGCUCAGUAUUUACUGUUGCAAAAAGGUAGGUUUUAAGUGUGUUGUUACCCCAGCAAUUAAGUAGCUCCAAGAUAAAUUUGAGUGGUAUUAUUAUAAUUAGUGAUUAAAAAUAUAGUAUGUGUUGUCGCUUAAAAAAUAUUUUUAAAACUAUUCCUGUUGUGGGAAUAAAAUAAUUUCCUUCUAGCAAGAAACUUAAAAAGUGCAACUCAAAUAUUUGCAUUUGGCGGAUAUACCAAAUCUCUCUAAGUACUACUCUCUUGCUGGAGUGACGCACACGGUUUUCAAGAAGUAUGUAAUUUUAAUAAAUAUAUUAUUGUGUAUAAGAUGUCGAACUUAGACAAAUUUCGUGAGACAUUCACACUUAUUGGUCUUUCUCAGUUAGAAUAAAUAGCCAGACAAACAGUACAAAUACACAUGAACAAGUAACUUUUAGAGUGCAAGUCGUGAACACGCCAUUAAAAUAAUAAUUUACAUAGCUUGCUAUUAUAUUUAUGCUCACCACAUCUUCAAAGUUAUAAAUGGUCAAACUGUUCCGAUACAUAUUGUUUCCUGACAACUGAAUAUUCCCAUGGUGUAUUUGUAUAUGCAUUCAGUUUAUGUUGUCAGAGAAUAGUUUUAAUAACACUUGUGCACUUGUUGGAACACCGACAAAAUCCCAACCACAAAAAAAAUGAGCACCCAAAACUGUUAACUUUUUAUUAUAGAUAUAUACACUGUGAUUGACAAUAGAUACAUUACCGGGAUUCAGUUAAACCAGUCUCGCGAAAUUUGUGCCAGUGUCUGAGAAAGUGAACAAGUAGCGAACAUGAAGUACAAUGGGGGACAGAUCUGCCUGAUCACCACUAAGUUAAUAUUUGCUUGCACCUGAUGAGAGCCACUCUCUAGCACUGCCCCAUUGAACUUGAAUUGUCAAAUUUAUUAACGCUAGCGAACAAAUCAAACGCAUCACUGCUAUGGUAUUGCAUGGGAUACGUCAUGAAAUUCUUUAUUUUUUCUUUUAGAUGUGAAUUGGGGCGUCGCUGACGCUUUUGCAAGGUCAAAGCAAUACAAUUUUAAAAUGAUCAGGCUGUUCUGUCACCCGUUGUAGAUAUGAAAACCUAAGUUUUCAUUCAUAUGUACAACUGAUUCGAUUCAGUUGAGUCCCACGUCCACGACGAUUGUGUUUGACGAAAGCAUGCAUUCGUCUAAUGACGCAACGUGGACUGUUCUUGUUGAUUAAUCUGUCGUCACUAUUGUAAUAAAUAUGUAAUGUUAGUAAACUGUCCACUUUAUCAGGCGCGCUGCGGCCAACGCCCACCUCACUUCGAUCAUUCUAGUAUACGAUUAAGUAUGAUAACAAUUUUAUUAUAGAACAACUCGUCCGCGAGAUUUUCUACUUUAUAAUUCUUUAUAACUGUAAGUGAUCGUACUUAUUUAGUGUUUAUAAGUGUAGGUGUAUGUUCACAUUCCCUCUGCCGGGCCCCAUCUCGUUGGACCUUUAUUACUGUGUCGGGCCACUGGUGACUAUAGACUGAAUUUUACUCGAAAUCUAGUUAAACGAACAAUAUUAUCAUAUGAUUUAUGCCGCGGAAGCACCACCACAAGUUAAUGCGAUCGUUGGCUGAGAGGACGCUCACUCAUCGCCUGUUCUUAUCUGAUAACUUAAGGUUGUUAUAAAAUAUUUUGUUCAGAGGAAUAACAAUCUCAUUUCCUGUCAAGACUAACGGGUACAAAGUAUUUGUCAUAAUGUAACCUUGCCGACUGUAACAUUUGAUAAAUAAACUUUUUUUUGUCAAUGUA